AUGGACGAUUCAAGUUCACACACCAGUGUUGAUGUAGACAAAGGAUUUGCUAUUACUUUCAUCGUUCUUCUCUUUCUGUUCUUAAUAAUGGUGAUUUUUCGGUGUGCCAAGUUGGUGAAAAGUCCUUAUGAGGCCAGUUCCAUAAUCACAGAAGUGUCUUUGGACUGA